GCGUUGCUUUUUGUGUUUACCUCAAUUUCGGGACGUGAAUUUAACUAAAAUGCCUGUUUCUUGUAGUGGAAAAUGUGGCCGUAAUGCGUUUAUGCGACGACCGAAAACGAACGAUGCGUUGUGCCGGGACUGCUUUUUCCUGGCGUUCGAAACGGAAAUACACAACACGAUCCAGCAGGAGCAGCUGUUCCGGGCUGGCGAGAAAGUGGCUAUUGCAGCGAGCGGUGGCAAGGAUAGCACCGUGCUGGCACACGUUAUGAAGGUACUGAAUGAGCGAUACAAUUACGGGUUGAAUCUGGUUCUGCUCUCGAUCGACGAAGGCAUCACCGGUUAUCGGGAUGAUAGUUUGAAAACCGUGGCCCAGAACCGUGACGAUUACGGAAUGCCGCUGCGAAUACUGUCCUACCAAGAGCUGUACGGGUGGACGAUGGACCGGAUAGUGGCCGAAAUAGGGCGUAGCAAUAAUUGCACGUUUUGCGGAGUGUUCCGGAGGCAGGCGCUGGAUCGGGGUGCUCGUCUGAUGGAGGUUGACUGCGUUGCUACCGGUCACAAUGCGGACGAUAUUGCGGAAACGGUCAUAAUGAACAUCCUGCGAGGUGACACCGCUCGAUUACGACGCUGCUGUGAUAUCAAAACGGGAUCCAAAGCGAACGAUACGAUACCCCGAGUGAAACCGCUAAAGUAUAGCUACGAAAAGGAGAUCGUCAUGUAUGCGCACUUCAAGAAGCUGGUCUACUUCUCCACCGAAUGUGUAUUCGCACCGAACGCAUACCGCGGUCACGCCCGAGCAUUCUUGAAGGACCUGGAAAAGGUGCGUCCUUCCGCUAUCAUGGACAUCAUUCAUGCUGGAGAGCAGUUGCAAAUCAAGGGAACGGUAAAAAAGCCGGUACGAGGUAUUUGCGGGCGCUGUGGAUUCGUAUCUUCGCAACAACCAUGCAAGGCUUGCGUGCUACUGGAGGGAUUGAACCGUGGUUUGCCUAAACUUGGCAUUGGCAAGAAGUCCAAGGGAGAUCGGAUGGUUGCGUUGCAGGAGCAACAGUUACGAGAGAAAGCCAGGCUAGUUAAAAAUGAUUUUUGAUUAGUACUCGUGCAAGCACAUGAAAAUAUAAAAUCUGUUGAUGAAAUUGUACAUAUUACAAAGUAUUUUCAUACUAGGUAUAAUAUAAUAUCAUAACUAACUGAACAUUAACUGGCAUUCGUCUC